AAGCACAAACCCUGGAUUGAAGCUGAGUAUCAGGGCAUCGUCAUGGAGAAUGACAACACAGUCCUGCUCAACCCACCGCUAUUUGCACUGGACAAAGACGCUCCGCUGCGCUAUGCAGGUGAAAUCUGUGGCUUCAGGAUCCAUGGGGCAGGAGUACCUUUUGAAGCUGUGAUCCUAGACAAAGCUACAGGUGAGGGGCUGAUACGGGCCAAGGAACCAGUGGAUUGUGAAGCGCAUAAGGAGCACACAUUCACCAUCCAGGCUUACGACUGUGGAGAGGGACCCGAUGGAGCAAACACCAAGAAAUCACACAAGGCCACAGUGCACGUUCGAGUAAACGAUGUGAAUGAGUUUGCUCCUGUCUUUGUGGAAAAGUUGUAUCGUGUGGCAGUGACUGAGGGAAAGCUGUACGACCGCAUCUUGCGUGUGGAGGCCAUUGAUGGAGACUGCUCGCCACAGUAUAGCCAGAUCUGCUACUAUGAGAUCCUGACCCCCAACAUUCCCUUUCUGAUUGACAACGAUGGGAACAUCGAGAACACAGAGAAGCUGCAGUACAGUGGAGAUCGCGUCUACAAAUUCACAGUGACAGCCUAUGACUGUGGAAAGAAGCGGGCUUCUGAUGAUGCUGAGGUGGAAAUCCAGGUGAAACCCACCUGCAAGCCCAGCUGGCAGGGCUGGAACAAGAGGAUUGAGUACACCCCAGGUGCGGGCAGCCUCGCGCUCUUCCCCAGCAUUCGCCUGGAGACCUGCGAUGAGCCGCUGUGGAACAUCCAGGCCACGGUGGAGCUGCAGACAAACCAUGUGGCCAAGGGCUGUGACCGGGACAACUACUCUGAGAAGUCACUACGCAAACUCUGUGGUGAAUCGAUUCUUUCCUGGGCCGAGGGCAGCUGUGGCGCAGCACCCUGCCCCUUCCCCUGGACUGGGGGGUUUGCAGUGGUGGCUCUCCUCAUCUACUGGUUCAAUGGCAGCCAGGCUGCCCAGGUGCCUGUGGUGAAUGGGCCAAAUGCUCACGAGGGGCUGAGUGACCACUUCACCCUGUCCGUGUGGAUGAAGCACGCUGUGGUGCCUGGCAAAGGCCGGCGGGAAGAGGAGACGGUGAUCUGCAGUACCGUGCAGAGCGAGGAUGGCUACUCGCAUUACUCUCUGGCUGUGCAUGGCUGCCGGAUUGCUUUCCUCUACUGGCCAUUGCUGGAAAGUGCGAGGCCUGUGAAAUUCCUCUGGAAGCUUGAGCAGGUCUGUGAUGAUGAAUGGCACCAUUAUGCCCUCAACCUGGAGUUCCCUACCGUCACGCUCUAUGUGGAUGGUGUCUCCUAUGACCCUGCCCUCAUCCAUGACAAUGGCCUCAUUCACCCCCCACGGCAGGAACCCUCGCUCAUGAUUGGAGCCUGCUGGACUGAGGAGAAAAACAAAGAGAAAAUUAAAGGAAAUGAGAACUCCACUGAUCCUGUGCAGGGAGAUCCUCUGUCAAUACACCACUACUUCCAUGGUUACUUGGCUGGCUUCACUGUGCGCCCUGGUAGCUUGGAGAGCCGGGAGGUUAUUGAAUGCCUGUAUGCCUGCCGUGAGGGGCUUGAUUACAGUGACUUCGACAGUCUGGGCAAAGGGAUGAAGGUCCAUGUGAACCCUUCUCAGUCCCUGCUCACCUUGGAGGGUGACGAUGUGGAAACCUUCAACCAUGCAAUCCAGCACGUGGCUUACAUGAAUUCACUGCGCUUUGCUACCCCUGGAGUUCGGCCACUCAGGCUCACCACUGCCGUCAAGUGUUUCAGUGAAGAGUCUUGUGUCUCCAUUCCUGAUGUGGAAGGUUAUGUUGUGGUGCUACAGCCUGAUGCCCCCCAGAUCCUGUUAAGUGGCAAUGCCCACUUCGCUCAUCCUGCGUCAGACUUUGAGGCCCCUGAUGGGGUCCCCCUGUUCCCCAACCUCCAGAUCACCUGCUCUAUUUCUCACCAGGUGGAGGCCAAGAAGGAUGAGAAUUGGCAUGGUACCGUGACAGACACACGAAUGUCCGAUGAGAUUGUGCACAACCUGGACGGCUGCGAGAUCUCGUUGGUAGGAGAUGACUUGGACCCAGAGAGGGAGUAUCUGCUCCUGGAUGGGGCGCUGCUGCAGCAGCGGGGCCUGGAGCUUGUCAACACCUCUGCCUAUCUGACCAUCACAGGUGUGGAGAGCAUUGCAGUUUACGAGGAAAUACUACGCCAGGUCUCAUACCACAUCAACCGUGGUGCUGCCCUUUAUGAAAGGAAAUUUCACCUGUCCUGCACUGAGAUGAAUGGACGCUACUCCAGCAAUGAGUUUACUGUUGAGGUGAAUGUCCUCCACAACAUGAACCGAGCUGCUCAUCCUAACCAUAUUCUGAGUUCCCAGCAGUUCUUGCACCGAGGCCAUCACUUACCCCCAGAGCUAUCUGGGCACAGUUUGGCAAGCACUCAUAACAACCCAAUGGUCCCCAGUGCUGCUACUGUCAUCAUUGUGGUGUGUGUGGGCUUCCUAGCGCUCAUGGUGAUCCUUGGCAUCCUGCGCAUCCACUCCCUGCACCGGCGGGGAGUGGGGCAAGAGGUCCCUGGGGCUGCUGAAGGGGGCCACACAAGCACUGGAGGCAAAGAGAGUGACAUGUUCUGGGACGACUCGGCCCUCACCAUCAUAGUCAACCCCAUGGAGUCCUACCAGAGCUGCCAGGAGAGGGCAGCAGAAAGCGGCGAGGGCAGAGCUACUGAGGGCAUGGAGGACGAAGACGACAGCACCGACUCAGAAACACCCGACUCCCCGGACAGCAAUGACGUGGAUGACCGACACAUCAUCGGCAAAAGCAACGGGUCUCACCGCUACUAG